AUGAUAGCUAAUGAUAAUGGAAGAUCUUCACCAGAUAAAGGCUUAGAUGGAGAAACUAGAAGCACUUUUUAUGAAACUCCCAAGUAUUGACGGGUGAAACAAAUUUCUUCAAAAUUAAACAAUUAUGAGGCUGACGCAAAAGCAGAAGUGGAAUCUCAAAAUGAAGCCUUAAAUAAGCGUAUUGAAUCACUUCAAAAUAAAAUAACAUCAUUAAAAGCCUUAGAAGAGACCAAACUCGAGGUAAUUUCGAAUUCAGUCAGUAGAAGAUAGCAUUUCUGCUCUACAAGAAUCGUUUCUCGAUGAAGCCCAAUCCCUUGAAGCCCUGAGCGAGAAAAAGACCAAAGAGUUAAAACUAUCUGAAAAUAAUCUGAUUAUCAGCAUUACUGAUGAAAAACAAGAAAGAAAACUCCAUGAAAUGAAAAGAAACAAAAACCUCGAUGAAAAAUUUGUCACGUUAAAAAUCGAUGUUUCCAAUGAAAUUAAGAUGAGAGAAGAGUCAGAAGAGUACCUUAUCACAGAUUUCGAAACUGAUAUCAUCAAUUUAAACGAAAGUGUCAGCAACGAGUCAAAAAUUAGAGAUGACAGGUUUGAAGACUUGAUCAGAAUCAUUGGAGAUAAUUUAAGCAGAGGCUAUCAAGCUCUUGAUGCUGAGAGGAAUAGCAGAAAAGCUAUCCAUGAACUUUAUAAAAAAUUUGUAAACGAGCUUAAAGCAAAAAUCGAAAGUCAAAUUGCACAAGAUCGAAGAGAAAGAGAACUGUUUGAAGAAAACUUAAUAAGGGUGCUAGAGAAUGCUUGCAGGAGCAUGGAAACUGGAGUCAAAUUAUAA